GAUGCUUUGCAUUACAAAUUUGUUCUGUUCCAAUGUAAUUGGGAUGACUGCAUCAGAACGACCCAAGGUCUGGCUUCGAGGCCGAGGGUGUGCCAAUGGCUAGCUAAUUAUUAGGGCAAAAGGACAGUGACCUUCCUUAAAAAUUUUCUAACAUCCCACCAAUCUUCUCUAACAUUUGAUUUUUGGGAUGCUUUAUACCCUUCAAAAAAUUUGUCUUUUUUACCAAAUAUAAUGAGAAUUUAGUUUCCUUUUAGGAAACUUGAGCAAAGAUAUGUGAAAUUUUUAAAUACUUAAGGGAGGUGCUCAUGUUUUUUGAAAUCUCACAUCUCACGAGUGGUUUGUGUCUUUUUUUUUCUAAAUCUUAGGUGAAGUCGGCGAAGCUUAGACCGGUUUGGUUAGAGCUCAGAUCCCAAAAGAUUAAUCAAACUAAGUUCCCAAAAGAUUAAUCAAACAAAGUUUUAGUAAGGAAAAAGAAAAUGGUAGUUAAGAGUCUUUCUAAUGUUAUUUUCAAAAAUUAGAAAUGAGAAGUAAAAACCAAAAAUUGGAAACUUGUCUAUUUAAUACCUAAAACUACAACAAAUUAAUGUUUUAACUUUAUGCAUGUUUAUUUUUGUCCUUAGAUCAAAUAAGAUAAGGAUAAUAAAAAUAAGAAACAAGUAGAAGAUGUUAUAAUAAAAAUAUAAUUUAAUUAUAAUUAUUUAUUUAAUCAUUAUAUUUUAAACUAAGUCUUUAGUACUCAUAGAGCAAUGGUAUUGCAUAUGAAAAUUGAAAAUUAUGAAUUUAUUUCCGGAUAUGGUUUUUGUUAAUUUUUAAAAAAUUUGAUAAAUCUUAAUGUUAUUUUAAUUUUGUUUUAAAAAAUUCAUGCCAUAGCCUUUUAUUUUCAUUAAAAAUUCUGCAAACAAUUUUUUAACUCAUGAAGUAAAUUUUUGACGUUAAAAUACUGUGACGACAAGUUUUUAUUUCAGUUGAAUGCUAAAAUGAUUAGCUUACAUGUUGCAAAGUUACGAAGUUACCAACAUUUUGUGGUCUUUCAAAUCUAUCGAUAUUAUUUUCAUUAAAAAAUAAUGUAUUUUUUGGAUUGCAAUAUUCUUUUACAUUAUAACUUAAAUUAUAUUUUGGUUUAGAUUGAUUUUAGAUUUUCUUAUUGUAUUUUGGGACAACUUGGAUAUACACCCACAUGAAAUCUAAAAUAUAUGAUCGGAUGUCCGCUCCAAAUUUGAAGCAAAAUUUGUAAUGAAAUUUUAAUUUCAACUUUCUGUUCCCUUCCCGCCGACUCCCAAAACUAAAACUAGAAACGAUUUUGUUUUCUAAUUCCCACCCGCCAAUUCAAUUCAAAUCCUAAAAACCUCCAAAUCUGAAAUCUCAUCCCAAACUUUCUAAUUUCUAAACCUUCAAAUCCUUCGUUCUCUUCUUCCAUUUCUGUUUUCUCCCUCCACCGCCAAAACCCCAACGCCACUGCCGCCCAACCCCACAGAUGGAGUCCCCCUUCCAUGGCUUGCCUCCUCUCAAGAGGUUCAGGCUCUUGCAGCAAGAAGACCACGAUCAAGAAAAUGAUGCCUUAGCCUCGUUUCAGCUCCCGGCGAAGAAGCGGAAAGAGUCCCGGAGUCCUCCCGCCGCCGAGUCCAACACAUUCUGCCUGCCGGCCAAGAAGAGGGUGUGGGCUCUGCAACCCAAUUUUAGCUCCCGUAAGACCCUUUACCCUAUUGAUCUCAAUGUGGAAUAUAAUCCCUCUUUUGAGGAAGAAAAACAAACAGAAGAAGAGGAGAAAAUCCCAUCCGGGAAUGGUGAGAAUCAGUCCCUUGAAGGGGAAAAAGAAGGGGAUGAUGAAGGAGAAGAGCAUGAAGGUGACGGAGUUGAGUCUGCUGUGGGUCAGAGCACAGACGGGGACCCUUCAGAUUCUGCAGUCCCCUGUGAUGGGCGUGAAAAACAAGCAGAAGAAGAGAAGAAGGUCCCAGAAGAGGAUGGUGAAAAUCAAUCUCAAAAAGAAGAGGAAGAAGGGGCAGAAGAAGAACAUGAAGAUGAUAAGAUUGAAUGUCCUUUGUAUCAGAGCACAGACGGGCAACUUUCAGAUCCUAUAGUCCCCUGUGAUGGGUGUGAAAAACAAGCGGAAGAAGAUAAGAAAAUCCCAGAUGGGAAUGGUGAAAAUCAAUGUCCAGAAGACGAGAAAGAAGAGGAAGAAGAAGAACAAGAAGAUGAUGGGAUUGAAUGUGCCGUGUGUCAAAGCACAGACGGUGACCCUUCAGAUCCCAUAGUCCUCUGUGAUGGUUGUGAUCUAAUGGUUCACGCCAUCUGCUACGGCGAUCCCCUUGUGAAGGGUAUCCCAGAAGGGGACUGGUUUUGUUCCCAGUGCUUGUUUUCUCAAUCUCCCCAAUCCGAAAAGGACAAGGUCCUUUCUUGCUGCCUCUGCCCGGCGAAGGGAGGGGCUCUGAAGCCCACCCGCGACGGCCGGUGGGCUCACCUCAUGUGCGCCCUUCUCGUUCCGGAGGUCUUCUUUUUGGACCCAGAAGGCCGAGAAGGGAUUGAUUGCUCCAGAGUCCCUCCAAGGAGGUGGGAAAGGAUCUGUUAUGUGUGCAACUCUGCAGGUGGGUGUGCCAUUGACUGCUCGCACGCGAAGUGCCCUCUGGCCUUCCAUGUCACUUGCGGAUUCAAGGAGGAACUUUGUAUCGAGUACAGAGAAGGGAAGAACAAUGGCGCCAUUGUUGCUGGGUUCUGCAAAGACCACACUGAGCUUUGGAAGAAGCAACAAAAAACUGGGAAGUUCAAGAUUGUGGCAAGGGAAGAGCACGAGGAGUAGAGAGAUGGACAUGGCAGAAAGAAGUUCUGCACCUGCUGAUGAACGGAAGUUCUGCUUGGGUUGGUUUUGCUGGAAUUACAGAUCAUCUAGGACUAAUGGUUCAAAUAUUAGUGUUGAUAGAAUUGUUUUUUUUUUUUUAACCUCCCCACAAAAAUGCUAGCUUGUUUUUGCUGCCUAUUUACGAUUAACGAACUUGUUUGAUAUGA